CUACGACCUUCCCUCAUCAGUGGCCGUUCGCACUUUGUCUUUCAUUCGAUCGCAGGACCAUACUAGCAAACGCUCUUUGCACAAUUUCGUUUCCCUUCAGCAGAGACGGUCGCAUCAAGCGAACCAUUGACCAUCAUCACGACAUAUCCAUGUACUGUUGAGUAGCAGCGAUGGGCUCAUUCGCGGUUCGAAGUGAGCCCUCACAAGGAUGGCUGGCCACCUGGUUCUGUUGCUCCAGUCGCGACGAAGAAAUCAAUCGCCAAGAUAUGAAACAAGAGAUUUCGUUGCGAAAGGCUUCUUCACAUACUUAUUCUCGUGCCGGCACGACCAUGACCUACACACAAAACCCACCCCAAAACCCAACAGUCUCUACAAAUCCUCAACAUGAUCAAUUCACACGUCCCAUCGAGAAUGGCGACGAAUUCAUCCGCCCUCAGGACCGCGUACGACCAGCAUCCGCACAGGUCUCCUCCAGCAGGCCAUUGGACUCGGAUACAAUCUCUUUGCCUCCAAGAAAUCACCACUCGUGGCACUCACGCUCCAGGAACACUUCUGCGCACGAUUCGCGCCCCAGUAUCGGUUGGCCGACCGACUUUCGUCGACUGGACUAUACAGAGCCUCAACGGCAUUCUCUGGUCCCACUAAAGCUCAGCCCUGUCACUCUCGGUCCAUUGCCUUACCAGAAUCAUUCUUCUUCACGUUCUUUGCCGAAUUUCGAUCAGUCCGCAUAUCACCAAUCUCAAACUUCCCAGCCAUCAAUACUCAAUCAUUCAGCACCAUCAAAUCCUGAUUUUCCUACCGUCCGAUAUGCAGCCCGAGAAGACUUCAGACCACCCAAACUUCCAAUCUCGACCCAUUCAUCGUCGAGCUCCAUCCGCUCAAUGAAACAGCAAGCUGUCGAUACGCAUUCAUCAAUAAUAUCACGUCCAAUCUCUCUCAUCACCCAAUCCUCUGCCAGUUCACUACGUUCAUCCCGACGCCUCCUCCCAGAGACAAGCAGCAACUCCCUCUCGAGUAGGGGAUUACCACGCCUACAUCGCAAACGCUCAAGCCAAUCUGCUCGCAAGUCCAUGGCAGACGAUUUCGAUUCGGAGAUCGACAGGGAAAUCCUGGAGCUCAACACCAUCGUCGAAGAACGCCGCGCAGAGGCCGCCCGCGCGCAGGUGCGAGACCACAACCACAUUCCCGCCGUCGCACCCCGGCUGGCAGGCAGGGCACGUUCCGAGACUCUGACCGAUAUCGGCUCCGCCCUCUCGCGUCCUCUCCUCGCAGGAUCCCUCCCGGUCUCCAUGACGAACCGCCUCUCGCGACCCUUCACAUCCGUCCCAGAACCCUACGAGCGACCGAUGUCCUCCCAGUCCGAUCCGCGCUCGAGUUCGAGGGUCUCAGGCUGGCUGCAUAACGUGCUCCCUUCGCCGCUCUCGCCCGCCGCAUCGGAAGCAGCAACGAAUCACCAGCGGGUGGCAUCGGACGUCUCUCAACUCACCGUGGGAAGCUCGGCGAACUCGCCCUCUCUAACGAAUGCGUCCUCCUCGCACACGACGAAUGGUCACAGCAGGAAUCCCACGGCGGAUUACCGCUUCCCGCCGCUCUCGCCGCCGAUGCUGGACGCCAGUGGUCAUCCGUCGUCCGCGUAUGAGGGUGUUCCUGUGAAGAAAGCUGGCGAGUGGCGCUUUGAUCCGGCCGAUGGGCGUUCCUCGGUCGGAGUCGCGUUGUAAUGAAUUAAUGUAUGUUUUGGAUAUGUAUGGAAGGGAUGGAACAUUUCAC